UUAGCAGAGAACGGGUUGACAUUUAGAAAUUGGUAAGGUGAAUGUGUGGAUAAUUUUAACCUACGAAGGGAAGUACUGUUAAAUUGUUUCACAAUAAGGUUGUAGGAGGGGUAGUGUAUUCAGACCAGAUGACCUUUAGAACAAGUUGACCAGCAUCUUCAAACAUGAUUCCUAGAUCCACAAUAACCGCUUAUUUACCAGUCCUUAUAUUACAGAUAGUUUUAUUACAGUUAACAGGUGCCAAUUAUAGUCCACCUCGGAUAAAUGAAAAUGCGUUUAAGAUAAGGAAUGUAUAUUUUAAAGAAGAAGAAGAUAUAGAACUUCCAUGUUCUGCGGAAGGUACCCCUCCACCAGUGUAUUCGUGGAUAAAAGAUGGCGAAGAAAUAGAUUUAGAAUCUCCAGAAAAUAAAGGACGCAUGUCUUUUAUUAAUGAUGGAGGGUCGUUACACGUUAAACCCGCCAAAAUAGAGGAUGAAGGAAUAUACCAGUGUCGGGCACGAAACGCCCAUGGUAUUAGUUUAUCUGUGAAAGUGAAUGUGAGACAAGCGAGAAUCGAACCUUUUAGAACAAGAGAACCAGAAUUGUUACGACCUCUCUUGUCACAUGCGUUAAAGUUAGUUUGUGUUCCACCAUUAAGUGUUCCACCUGCAAAGAUUAGUUGGAUUAUCGAUAAAGGACUUGAUGAUGAAGAUCAAGACUCAAACGACCAGGGUGCUUUUAAUUCUGUGAAUUUAGAUGAUAGGAUUACAAUGGAUUUUAGUGGUAAUUUAUACAUCACUAACGUAAAAUUUGAGGAUGCUCAGAAUGGUAAUAAAUAUGUUUGUAUGGCUAAUAACGCACAGGUACGAUCGUUUAAUCAAGGUGAAGACAAGAUAGUAGAACCACUAGGAAUGCAAGGUUCAAAUCUGCCCGUAGAGAUGUUGUGGCAUUCUAAUACUGAUGUAGAAGGCCUGGUUGGAAGAACAGUUCGAUUUAAAUGUAUAUUCUCUGGAAAUCCACAACCCCAUAUUACAUGGAUUAGAGUAGAAAAGAAAGCCGAAGCCGAUAGAAUGAAACAGAGCGCAGAUAAAUUUGAGUUUGUUAUAAGGAAAGUUCAGUAUAGUGAUGCUGGUGAAUACGAAUGUGCAGGAUUUAAUGGAAUUUAUGAACAUCCAAUCAAACAUCGUUUCCGUUUGAACGUAGAAGCUAAACCUCGAUGGACCAAGAAACCAACUGAUAUUGAGGCUGGUGUGGAGGAAGAUGUUACAUUUUUAUGUGAAGGGGAGGGAACUCCUACACCAGAUGUUCAAUGGUUUAUCAAUGGGAAACCUUUAGAACAAGCAACAGAAAUUACAAGACGAACAUUCCGUAAAGGUCAACUAAUGUUCACUGAUCUUCAGGAGUCUGAUUCUCAGGUUAUUCAAUGUAACGUCUCUAAUGUUCAUGGAUUUCUCUGGGCAGACGUGUUUCUUAAUGUUUUGGCCAUUCCAGCUACAGUAACUAAAAGACCAGAACCCUCGAUGAAAGUAGCAGAAGAUAAAACAGUGAAAAUAACAUGUCAGACAGAAGGUAAACCCACACCAACUGUCACAUGGUUUAAAGGUGACCAACAAUUACUAGGAGGGCGUUAUAACAUAUUGCCAACUGGUGAUUUAGUUAUAAAUGGUGUACGGUUACGAGAUAGUGGUAAUUAUAGAUGUUUUGUGGAGAAUAGAUUUGGUAAAGACAAUGCUAAUGGUACCUUGGUGGUUAGAGGAAAGACGUUGAUAGCAACUGAACCUGUAAAUCUUCAACCAAUUCACGGGAACGACGCCAUGUUCAAAUGUGACGCCCUGACAGAUCCACAUGAGAAACACAAGUUAAAAUACACCUGGUAUUUGGACAAUGAACCUGUUAUUAUUGACAACGAUCGAGUCUUACAAGAAAAUGGAGAUUUGAUUAUUAAGAAUACCAACAGUAAAGAUACAGGGAAUUACACCUGUAUAGCGAGUAAUGGUUUAGAUGAAGAUAAGGCAUGGGCAACGAUGAAAGUUAAAGCUCCACCGGAUCCACCCUACAAUGUUACUGUGUUAACAUGUCUAGGUAGAGAGGCACAGAUUCGAUGGGAGUUUGAUGCCAGUCAAGAGAAUUUCUCACCGUUACAGAAAUUUAUCUUAGAAUACAACACCUCAUAUGCACCGGAACACUGGGAGAUGGGAGCUCAACCUAAAGCCAACGAAAGACAGGCCAAGAUUAUUCUUUCUCCGUAUGCUAAUUAUACAUUCCGUAUUAAAGCCGUGAAUCGGAUUGGAGUCGGUCAGGCCAGUCCUCAUACAUCGGUCAUCUGUCGAACACCGAUAGCUCGUCCAGGUCAUCAUCCCGAGAAUGUGAAAACUGUUGGAGAAAAAACCAACUUUUUGAUCGUGGAAUGGGAGCCAAUGGAGAAGAUCGAUCUAAAUGCCGAAGGUUUUUUUUAUAAUAUAACGGUACAGAAAGAAGGAGAUGACACGGUAGAAAGUUAUAUCAUAGAUGAUCAUACAAUCAGUCGUAAAGAAAUACCUGUUGAUACUGUCUACGAGCGUUAUAUUGUUACUGUACAAGCUAAAAACCAAGUCGGUUGGCCGUUACGUGAAGCUACACCUAUCACAGGAUAUUCUGGACAGGCUGCACCGUUAGUGGUUCCUCAAAAUUUUGAGUUAGAUCCGGAAAAGAAUAUUUCUAGUGCAAGCGCCGGAUUCCGAUGGGAUCCAGUUGACACGAGUCCAAAAUCAAUGCAAGGAGAGUUCACAGGUUACAAGGUGAGAGUGUGGAAGAAAGAUCAACAAGACACAACAAUGAAAGAAAUAUUUAUUCCUCACACCCCAUCACGAGGUAAACGACGACGGAAGCGAAGGCAGGUGGAAAAAGUAAGGACAGAAGUUCGAGACCUGCCGUCAUUCUCGGACCUAGAGGCUGAUGUGGUAGCAACUAAUGCUUAUUUUAGUUCUAAUGGUAGUAAUGUCAUUAACUUUACAACACCAGAAGGAGUACCAACUGCUGUAUCGUAUUUCACGGCUGUAAAUGUAGGAUCAACACACUUUACGUUAGCCUGGGGUGAACCUGUAGAAAAGAAUGGUAUUAUAACUGGUUAUGAUAUCGGUUAUCAACCCAUUAAUGGUAUUGUUUAUGGAGACAUGAAGGAAAUGGAAACACUAGGUGCUGAUGUACAUCAAACAUAUCUCGGUGGUUUAGAAGCAGACACACAAUAUCGUAUAUUUAUCUGGGGUAGAACACAACAAGGAAAAGGCAGCCAUUAUAUUAUAGAUGUUAAAACAUCAGAAAAAAGCAUUCCAUUAGCUAAGCCUGAAAUAUUAGAGGCCUUAUCCAGACCUAAUUCGGUCAACGUAACAUGGAAGCUACCAGAUAAAGAAGGUCAAAGAGUUGGCGCUGAUUACUAUGUUGAAUAUAAAAGAUUUGGUUUAGUAGGUAAAUGGAAUGUACACAAGAAUGACGACGCCAUGAAUAACUGGAUUGUAGUAGAUAAUCUGGAGUCAGGUAUAGCUUACGAGGUUCGUGUCGUAGCUCAAACAGGAGUGCCUGGUGAUCAAGACUAUGCUCAAAUGGCCAGUGAAAAACGAACUUUCACAACAGGAGGCACUGGUAAUUGGUAUCCAGUGAUGGCUAGAGUCUUUUUAAAUGGCUCGAUCACAAACAACAAUAGCACGACAGAUGGGGGAGCUUUCAAACGUUCCAACAUAUUAUCUUCUGGAUGGUUUAUUGGUAUGAUGGUUGCUAUAGCGAUAUUGUUACUAAUAUUGAUUAUUGUAUGUAUUAUAAAACGAAAUAGAGGUGACAAAUAUCAUGUUCAAGAGAAGGAGCGAUUAAGGGGAAGUAAUCAAGAAGAUCCUGCUGAAAAUUUUAAUGAAUUGGGAAAAAGUGAUACAAAUGGAAUUGGUCAGAGUGGAUCAUUUGAUAACAAUCCUGAAAAAAUGCCACUGGGUGAUGAGACAGAUAGCAUGGAGGAAUACGGGGAUGUCGAUCCAGCCAAAUUCAACGAAGAUGGAUCAUUUAUUGGAGAAUAUGGAGGUCAGAAAGGCGUAGGAGAUCAACAAGCUUCAACCAUGGCAACACUGGUAUAGUUCAUCAUGUGACUUCAAUGAGUGCUGGGAGUUAUGUGCCCUUGUUGUAAAAAAAAGAUGCUGUGAGAUUUCUCUAUUAAAACUUGUGAUUGGUGAUUUUAAUAUGUAAGGCCUUAACAUCAUAAAAUUUUUAAACAUACAGGUUGCCAGCCUGAAAAGGAUUCCAUCUUUGUGUAAAAAAAAAAAAAUUAAGCGCCAAUCAUCAAACAUUCAAUCAAGGAAGAUAACUAAAUCUAAGAAAGACAACUCUGUGAUAAAUGGGGAAGUAAUUCAUUCAAAGGGAAGUAAUUGUUUUGAAAUGCUUUGAAUUUCAGGCAUGAAGAGGUUGUUUUUUAUUGCCUUCCUUUCAAUAUACAUAAAGAUAAUUUCCUCACACAAGAUCAAGGGAGUGGUCCAAACAAUAUUCCAGAAAUAAAUUUUAAGAUAAUUUACAAGAGAAAAAUAAAAAACAGUGCUAUAUUUAUUUAAAUGAAUGCCAUAUAUGGUAGUUUAUGUAAAUGAGUAGUUAGUAGGUUUGUUUUUGACUAGCUGCCAUCAGUAAAUAAACGUCACGUUUUUGUUUAUGUUUUUUUGUUGAAGCAGCUAGGGUAUAUGUCUGUUUGUUUUAUUAGUUUACGAUAUUACGAGUAUAUGUUAUUAUUACAAUGUACUAGAUUGUUUUCCUCGUUCUCCUCCCCCUUCCUUUAAUAAAACUUAUCGGUUGUUACGCAGAAUUGACGUAACCAAGACUUGUUAUUGGCUGUUAGUUAUUAUACAGUGAUGGAUGCCGAAACAAGUUUCGAACGAUUUUUAAAAAAGAAACUGAGUGAGCAGGAAUGUUGAAAGAAAAUAUUCCUAUAGUUUCCACAUGUGCCCUAGGAAAAGCCCAUGGGUUACAAUAGUUAUAACGUAGGAAAGUUCUUCUCCCGCAAAAUGUGCCAUGUGUAAUGGCUUCGGGAAAGUCCUUCUCCUGUGUGAUUAAAACCUCAUGGGACCAAGUGAAUGGGCCGUAGUCAUUGGUUACCAUGGGCAGUAUCAUGUUCCCAUGAAAAUCCAAUGAGACACAUGUAAAAUCCAUGUUUAUUUUCCAUAACCAUAAGGAAUAGCAGUUAUUAAUAGCCAAAUGAUUACUAAAGAAUGAAACAGGACAUAGUAAGGGGUGUAGAAAGAGGAAACAGACUAUAUUAUUAUUUCUGUGGGGUAUAAUUGUUAUAUUACUGGUUGUGAUGUUGUACAUGAGAAAUGCUGUAAUUUGAUUGGCUUAUAAGUAUUUGUAUAAUAACAGUGUGCGACACAGAGUUUAUUGUUGAACACCCAAGAAUGUGUGUGCUUUGAUUGUUGUUCUCAAAACAUCACUUUUUCUAUUGUUUUCGAAACAUUUAUUUUAUUUUUUAGUAUAUUUUAUUUAUUCGUUUUUUUUUGUAAGGAAAGGUAUCGAAAACUUACAUAAACUCUAAUUUGGCCUUAAAAGUUAAAAGUCUAAUUAGGCCUUAGAGUUCAGUCAACAAAUGAUUAAGCCUAAAGAAUUCAAAGUUAGAAUCUCGCCAUCGAGAAUUAACUUGCAUUAAAAGUUUAUAGGAUAGAUCUGAACAUUGAAACUGCAUGAAGUAAUAAAAUAUAAAACAAAAGAAACUGUUCAAUUUUAGAAAAAAAUGAUAAAAAAUACUUUAUGAAAAGAUUUGAACAUUGAGUAUGGAUGAAAUAAUGUAAAAAAAAAAAUGAAAAAAAUAAACCCAACUUUUCAUUUCUGAAAAAUUUUCAAAAAAAAUUGUUUUGUCAACAUUUGAUGACAAAAUGAUGUUCGUUAAUUCUACUCUAGUCAUCAGUGUAAUAAAAUAAUACUGAUCCAAAGUUAUUCAGGGAUCAAUCAUUGAAUGAAUCUCGUUUAAUGAGAUUAUAAAAAUAUUUGUGAGUACGCGAAUCAUUUAGUUACUUAAUUAAUUCUCUAACCAGAAUCUGCAUUUAUAGUCACUUUUUACGCCAUUAGAGGCUUUUUUUGUAAGAUGUAGAAGCAUAAUAAUAAUAAUAAUACAUCCAUAUUUAGCCAAUGAAAGUUGAGUAUUUAAUUUAACUCUGGCUAUAUUUUCAUGAAAUCAUAAUACAUGUGCUUUCAUAGUAUAUACACUCUGUACAUGUUACGCAUAAUAUCUUCAUUAAUUCUACUUCUUGUCGUUCAUCAACCAUAAUAAUUUUCUUUAUAAGAAACUCAUAAUUGCUAAUUAAAGAUGCAUUAUGUUAGAUUUAGCUAAAGAGCUGACUGUUCUUGCUAUAAUAGUUAAAAAAAUAGAUAAUGAACAGGGAGAUAUGUUGAAAAUUUCAGUCAAAUUACUUCAUUCUGAGCGGAGUUAUCAUUUUUUGCAGAAAAGUUUAGUGUUGAUUGUCAUUGCUACCAUUGUUACGAUAAUAAACAAAGCCUCAAAUGAUAUAUUUUUAAAUUAAGUCAUUAACUGCCAUUGUAUUUAAAUGUGUUGAAAAUCAAAACCAUAUGAGGUUCUAGAGAGUUGAGUAUGGGUCUGGCAUGUAAAUAGAUAUGUAAUUAAUGAUUUAUAUAACAUUUGAGGUCAAACGAAAGAUCUGCAAUAGGCCCCUGGCAUGUAAAUAAAUGUGUAAUUAAUGAUUUAUAUAACAUUUGAGGCCAAAUAAAAGAUCUGCAACAGGCAGAUUUAGUUCUUACAUGAUGCAUCUUUAACAAAAUUUGUCAAAAAUUGACCCACUGUGAAAAAUUUAAGUGAAAACCUUGAUUGACACUCUCCUGGCCAUCCGUCUCGCUAUUCUUUCUACCUCCUAUUUUUAAGUUGUGCCAAAUGUUUCUUUAUUUUGUUAUAUUUUUCCUCUUUACUUUCUUUUUUACAUUUCCAAGAUUAGGUUUUGUUAUUUUAAGAUGGACAUCUUUAAAAUUAUUUAUUGAAUACAGAAUAAAUAACAUCUUGAUCUUGCCUUUUUUUCUUCACUGACAAAUUUGAAUUCGAGAAAUAACAACAUACUAAUCUUUGCCUUUCUCAUUGUCCUCGACACAUUAUUCUACAUAAAAACAUGUUCAUAUGUUAAUGUUUUUAAUUGCAAAAAAAAAAAAGCGAUCAUUGUUCUUCGAUUCCUCACUCUGAAUAAAACAUAGAUACUAUUUCGUUUCGGUUUUAUAGUUCAAAAUUUUGUUUUACUUGUCUUUACUACACUUGGAUCUAGAAGAGUUGUUAUCAUUGACGUGUUCUGAAUGAUGUGAGGGAUUAGUCAAUGAAACGGUCUGUUACGGCAAGCUUUAGGCGAGUUUUGCACGGAACUGUGAGUAAUCCACAAGUAACAUCAAUGCUGAUUGGUUAAUCAAAUGUCAUGGGGUCAAAAGCCGCUCGUAUGACCUGUGGCACAACCUAUCGCUACAACUUGUCAGAUCUUCAUGUAGUGUAGGCCAUCGAAAGUAUAAAAAAACGAAACGAAAUAUAGAUCUGUACUUUAAUCAGAUUGUUGAUUCCUAUUCAUGGACUUGUUUCCCUAAUAGUUGAUUCUCUACCAAAGAUUAUCUUUGUAGAAACCUACACCAUUGAUCAUUUUUAAAUUCAUAUUUUCAUUACAUACUGAAAUAGCAUGGGUUGCUAGAUUUGUCUUUAUUUAGUAGAAAAAUUGAGAAAAUAAUGUUCUACAAAAUGUUUGGAAUGUGUAAGGCAGGGUUUGAAUUUCUCUAAUAGUGCAAAACAUUUGAUAAAAAGUUGCUCGAGAAAUAAUAAUGAUGAAUACUUGUGUAAGGCAGGGUUUGAAUUUCUCUAAUAGUGCAAAACAUUUGAUAAAAAGUUGCUCGAGAAAUAAUAAUGAUGAAUACUUUGGUUUUGUUUGUAAAUUAGAUUUAUAUCCAAUGUUUUAUAAAUUUCAAAUGUAUUUAAUUCAUUCAGUAGUCACAGAAAAAGUGGGCCACAUUGUUGGCACUAUUUGAAAGCAUGAGGCGUUCGGAUAAAUGCAUUUAUUUUGCGUCAUAUGUCACUAUGUACAUGCAGGCCUCAAGAAAUUUAAGAAAUGUGAUAUUUGCCUGUCAGGUACACAACUAUUUUCUGGAUCAUUACAAUGUUUGAGGCUAUAUUAUGGAAUAGAUAUUAUUGUAUCUAUAAAAGGGGAAAACCCUUUUAUAUUCAGUUUUGACAUAAUAUGUAUAAAUAUUGUUGUAUCUAUAAAAGGGAAAAACCCACCUUAAUUCAGGUUUGAAGGGUGAAGUUACUAUAUUGGAAAUCUAGCGACAUUUCUAAAAACAUUGUUUUCUCAAUUUUCUCUGUUUUAACUUAUAUGUUCACCAGUCGUAGAACAACCGUAGACUUGAUCAAAUAAACUUGAUCAACCAGACAUUCCUCUGUUUAAUUAUAUAAUAGAUAUAAUGGAUUGAAUGUUGUGUUAUAAAGACUUUAGUUCACUUUAUAUUGUGUUGAAUACAUUUAAUCUUUAUUUAUGUAAUGUUUGCUUAAUAUAUAAAUAUAUAUAUAUAAAUUACACAGUUCAUGUAUGUAUAUUAUUAGCUAGAGUUUAUACGUUGCUAAAAAUGUUUCUGCAACUUUUUAUUGCAAAUUUGGCAACUACGCUUUAAUUUUUUUACGCUUAUAUGGGUACUUUCACAUAAAACUUGGACUUGUACAAAGAAGGAAACAAAAAUUGAUUUUUAGAAACAUAAAUUUUAUUUUGAAGACACGCGGUAACCCAGAACAAUUUCAUAAUGCAAAAGUCGGUCGUUAAAGCCACUGAUGGUCAUUUGAGGGAUUUUGAAUUUCUUGUAAACUGUAGAAGAUAUAAUGAGCGACAUGGGUCCCUUUUUAAUCCGAUUAAAUCCAAGCUGGGAAAUUAUCAACCAUUGAUAUUUUGCAUUGGUUUUCUUAAAGGGGCAUUAGGUAAGAUUAGAUAAAGUUCUAACAGUUCUCGCUAUGAUAGUGGAAAAAUAGAUAAUGAAAAGAGAAUAUGCUGAAAAUGUCAGUCAAAUUACUUAAUCACUCUGAUCCAAGCUAUCAGCGAUAUAAUUAUAGGCUAGCCUGGAUUGUCAUUACUACCGUUGUUACGAUAAUAAACAAAGUCUCAGUUACCCAUUAUUACGUUAAAUCAUCAACCGCAAAACGUAUUCGAUGGCAUCGAGAGUUGAUUAUGGUCUGGAUAAGUUAAUUAAUGUCUAAUUAAUAAUUUAGAUAACAUUUAAGGCCUAAUGAAAUACCUGCAAUAGGCAGAUUUAACUCUUGCAUAAUGUAUCUUUAAAUAUUCUCUUAAAAAUGCAAAUGACAAUCAGCGGCUUUAAAAAAAAUCACGUAUGGGAGAAAUUUUUUUAAAAAAAGUGAUAAUUAUUGUGAUUUCAAAUUUAAAAAGUUUUAAACCAAUCUAUGCAAUGGAUAUGAUUUACUUGGCAACUGUAAUUAAUUUUACUAUUGUCAGGUUUGAUUUAGUCGUAGAUAGAUGUAUAGAAAAUAGACACCAAAGAUCUUUUAAACACUUAGAAGAAAUAACUCCACUUUCAUAGAAAUCUAUUACCCAGCUUUUAAUGUGUAAAAGUACUAGUUUAACAAUCAACAAAAAUAAAUUUAGCAGUGUAGUAAAAUUUUCUAUAGACUAGUCAUCCUAGUAUAUUAGGUACGGUCCUACACACAUACCAGAUUUUGGUCAAAAUCAAGCCAGAUAAGAAAUGAAACCGGGGUUUAAACCAAAUUCAAGCUAGAUAAGAAAUGAAAUGGGGGCGGGAGGUGUUUAAAGUCCUACCUUUCUGCUCCAUCCAGAUCAAUGAAGAUGGAGUCAGAUAAGAACUAUCUGGCAUUAAUUUAAUUGUUAGGUGUCAUUAAUAAUUACUGGAAUCAUCCAUAUAAAUUAGAUAUAUGUAGGUUAAAAUAAAUAGUUCUAUGGAAAACAGUUACUGUAUUUUAAUACUCAGUAUUGUGCUUGAAAACGACAAGAGAAUCAUUGUAGAAACAUAGCUCUGAUUAAAGAUACAGUAAUUGUUAUUAUAAAACUGUUGUGUUUAUCUUAAUGUGUUCAUUUACUAAAUGCCAUUUAAACAGUAUAUAGAUAUACCAUAUCCCACACUUUUGUUCACAGGAAUUUCAAAUUUGUGACCUUACCAAAUAAUGUUCUAUGAGUAUGUAUUAUAUAAUAAUGACUACAGUAGCAUUGACAACGAUCUGAUUACAUUGACAACAGUAGAGAUCUGUCUGAAACUGAAAUAUAUAAAAAAAUAAUAAUACAUCAUCAUAUUUAAUUAAGUCUAAUUUUGAUAGUAGUAAUUGACCAUGUGUUACUUAGUAAUGGCCCUGACAGUAAUCUGAUUAGAAUGACUUCGGUAGAGAACUUUCAGAAACUCGAACUACGUCAACUUUUCGGACUUGUGGGUAGGACUGGAUAAGAAAUUCUGAACACAUCAUGACGAAGUAUGACAUAUAAGCAUAGUAUUUAGUCAGUAGAAAAAUAAAACUCCCAGCGCUUGACAUUUAUGUCCACUUUUCCGUUUUUUAUUUUGUAUUUUGUAAUAUAUUAUAUAUGAUAAUGUUUGUAAAUAAAUUCUCCCUUCCGUUUUUUAUUCCGUUCUGCUGACUAGUGUUCAUCAUCUCAUCCUGUGUAAAACUGGAAUAUUUUGUUAAAAUCAUUUAUCAUCAUAUUUAAUUAACAUGGUGUAUUUUUUUUUUUUAAAGAGUAUUCAAGAUCUAAAAGAAGCACUUUCUGUUUGUCUUAAUGGAAAAUUAAUUUUUUUUACGAUUCCCUUUACAUAUAUGUCGGGCUAUAUUUAUUAUAUCUUACCACGAUCAUUUCACCUCCUUGGAAAAUUGGUAUGGACAUGUGACUUAACAAUGGCGACGCUCCAUUUAUAAUAACAUGAUAUUUGAAUUUAAUUUUCAAAUUUCCGAUGAGUUAUCAAAUUUGCCCACCAGUUAAAAUUUUGAUGUGGAAGCCCUAUCUUGGAAUCAUUGACAUGUUUUCAAAAUUAUUUAUUUGGACUUCCUGGGUGAAUCUUUCUGAGUUGGAAUCCAGAUUUAUUUUGAUUUAUAAGUAAAAGAAUUAAAAAUUAGUUUAAAGUAGGCCUAAUAUGUAGAAAAAACACCAAAUUAAUUUUCAUAUACAAUUAAAAGAUUAGAAAUUUAUAACUGAAUUUAUUUUGUUAUGGACAGAAAGUGCUACUUUAAUUCAAACUUGAACAUCAUGUGAUCAUCAUCAACCAUGUGACAUCAUCAACGCUUCAAAGUCACUUAUUAUCAUUGUCAGUAACUAUAGCGUAACCUUUUUGCCCAAAUAAUUAUCAAUUAACAAUAUUUGUAUGUGCAAAAUGUUUUCACAUCAAUCAAAAGGAAUAAAAUUGUGCUUUGAAAAGAU